AGCUGCCGAGGUUUACACUGCUGAUUAAUGUCAUGGCCUUAAUUGAAUGAUAAAAGCUCUCAAUGAUAAAAGCAAAUGGACUUGAUGAUCUUCUAAGAUUACCAGUGUGCUAUGGUACAGUAAACCACUAAUACUGUCUGUGAUUUCAGAGAUAUGGACAUGCUGUCAACUACGUACAUCUAGAGAUUGAACCUACAUCAGCUGAUUGUUUUUGGACACUUGGGGGCAUCAUGAGCCGUAAACACAACACUGAUACUUUUUCACCCCUCAGAGUUGUUGGCAAAAGUUUUAGCAGACCAUUGCUCUAUUAUUAGCAAUAAUUUGGAGUCAUACCUCUGGCUUACUGAUAAAUAUAGGUCCAAAAUCCACUCCUUUUAAGUUUGGUUUGAGCUCCACUGACUCCUGUGGGAAAUAUGUAUCUUCAACUGCUAAAAGCUUCUCUAUGUUCACUAGAUAGUCUCUAACUUUGUCUUUUGCUGCUGGACAGGCAAUGUAGAGUAGGUUUAUCUAUCUAAGGCGCAGGGAGGAACUGUUAGCCUAGCUCCAUCAAAAGUGAAAAAUAUGUCCUCUAACAGCCGCAUCACUGUUUUACUUACAUGCUGUCCAUUUUUUGCUGGAAAGCAGCUGGUAGAUAUAUCCAUAAAUCAGUUGAGCUGCAUUCACUGUAAAGUAAUAGAGCUCAGCUAUGACAAUUCUGGAUGACUAUGUACAAUGUUAGGUUAAAAACUGACCAUUGUAAAAACACAGGUACUCUCUCCUGGUUGAUAUCUAUCUAUUUUAGUUGGUAAAUAGCAAAAAAAGAAUUCUGUUCAUCUGAAGGCUUGGAACAGGGGUAAUUGGGUUAGAAUAAUGUGUAAAAGUUCCUAAGUCAGACUAAUAUUUUCCCAUUAUACCAAAGUAGCACGAAUGCAGCAUGACAUCUAAAACCUCCUGGCUAAACUCAUUUCCCUUAAGCAAGGAACACCACCUCCUGCUAUUCUUGUGAAGCUAAAAGUCACUGAUCUCACAGAAUGAAAUGUAACUUGUAAUGUGAUUUUUGUAUAGACUGUAUCACAGUUUGCACCUGAAUUUCUCUGCCAACUGUGUUUAUUUCAGAUAUUGUGCAACAUACGGAUGUGUACAGUGGAACAAUGUCUUUGGAGGAAAUUACUUUAUGAUGGUUUGUUGCAGUUGCAUCCUGGGUAAUUUUAAAGUCCAGCUCUUAUCUCUCUGAAACGGAGAAGAGGUCAGAGUCAACUGGUGAAGACUCUGCAGGUUGUGUUCAAACACUCAGGCUGAUCUGGUGGAAGAAAGAUGUUAAACCGGAGGAGCUCAGCUCUCACCGUGCUGCUGAUUCUGCACUGGGCUGCUGCUUCUCAGGCUCAUGCAUGUCAGGCUCCUGAGAGGAAAUGUGACUUUGUGUGUGACUGUACCGACUGCAGCGACGAGCAAGACUGUGGCUACAGAGGAAAAGGGUUUGAGUGUGACUUUGAGGAUGCAGGAAAGUGUGGAUGGACUGACCAGUCCUUCAGUGCAGUGUACAGCUGGGAGAGACAUCAGAGAGGAGACACUCUGCUGGACAGUGGGCCGUCCUCUGACUACACCACCGGGACGGCUACAGGUUGGUUUAUGGGAGUGAGUGCAGUGAAGGCAGAGUCACCCCAUACCGCAGUUUUAACCUCUCCAGAGAUGAGACAGUCUUCACCAACCUGUCGCCUUCGUCUCAGAUAUUUCCUGUGGGACUCAGGUAACACAGGUCUGGGCUCCACCCCCCUGUGGGCGUCCGUCCUUCACAAGGCUUCUCCAGAAGCCAUUGUGUGGCGUCCUGAGUCCACUAGUGUACGUGGUUGGAGGGAGGCUACCAUCUUUCUGGGCCGUAUUCCUAACGCCUUCCAAAUCCGUCUUUACUCACAGCGCUCUGAGGGGCAAAAAGGAGAUGUGGCCGUUGAUCAGCUGGAGUUUAUGGACUGUGCUUUGCCCUUACCACUCCCUGGUACAGAGUGUCCAGCAGGGAUGGUGAAAUGUAGGAGUGAGGGCUGUGUGGAGCAGCGGCAGGUCUGUGACGGCAGCGAUGACUGUGGGGACGGGACUGACGAGGAGAGCUGUGAAGGGUACCGGCUCUGUGACUUUGAGGAGGACCUGUGUGAUUGGGACCUGAGGUCACUGUCCAAGCUGAAAUGGGUGAGGACAAAUCAGGAGAACAUCACCCUCACAGAUCCUCUGAGAGGACCAGGCAGGGAUCACUCCAACAACAGUGCAUCAGGUCACUUCCUGUAUGUCACUGUCCCUGAUGGUGGUCUCUCAAAUGACUGGGCUGCUUUCCAAAGUCCUCUCCUUGAACCCACCAAUAGUUCACACCCUUGCAAGAUGGUGAUGUACACUCACCAGUUUGGGCCGAGGUCCGGCGGUCUGACGGUGCUGGUCACUGAUCGUAACAUCUACCCGGUGUGGGAGAGGGGCGGAGCCCUAGGUGAUGUUUGGGUGAAGGCAGAGGUGGAGAUUGUCACCAACUCCACUUUCCAGAUUCUAAUAAUGGCAGCAAUCAGAGACUUUACAUACGGAGGCAUCGCUGUCGACAGCAUUGUUUUGUCUCCUGAAUGCCGCUUAUCAUCUGCAAAUUAUUCCCUCGCAAAAUUCCCUAAACCUCCUAAACACCCGUGUACUGAGCCAGACAAGAUGUGUGAUUUUCACCCUGACUGUACAGGAGCAGCGGAUGAAGCCAAAUGUGGGGAUUUCUCUUACACUGAGGGCAGCUCAGGCUGGACUGAUACCAGCAUUGGGAGUCAAGGUUGGAUGCUAUAUAAAAAUGUAACAUCCAAAGAGGAGUACCUGUAUGUAGGCGAGGCCCCAGGCCAGCAGCUGACUGAAGCCCAGACACGGACCCCCCUCCUGGGCCCCUCUGGCCCUGCCUGCUCCCUCAGCUUUGAUUUUGCUCUCACUGGGAAUCCAGAUCACAUUGGCGAGUUGUCCGUCAGGGUGAUUGACAGCUUGCUGGGCAUUCAGCCUAAACUGUGGGAGUUCAGUGGGAAGACAGGAACAGGAGAGGGGGCGUGGAAACAUGCUAGCAUACCUAUAGGAGUCAGGAAACACCGCUUCCAGUUGGAGUUUGAAGCUCGUGCUGUGAAACUGUGUCCAUGCACCAAGAUUCAAGUAAAAAACGUUAGCUUUGUCAGCUGUCACGCUAACUAUUUUCCAUCUUCUCCGACAUCACUGUCAUGUAACUUUGAAGAUGGACUGUGUGGAUGGUAUCAGGACAACAGUGAUAACUUUGACUGGAUGGUGCUCAGUGGGAUGGACCACACCAUUGGGAUCGGCAGAAGCCUUGUUGUGGACAUGUGGAGUCCCUCUCUGCGCGGCUUGUUUGGACGCUUAGUUUCAUUUCCACAGUUACCAGGUCCCGCAGAUUACUGCCUGUCCUUCUUCUACAAACUCUAUGGGCCGAACGCAGGUGCUCUGAAUGUGAAGCUGUUGGAUAACAAAGGUUAUGAGAUCACCCUCUGGACUCGCAGCGGAGCUCACGGCAACCUGUGGCACGAAGCCCACUGCCCAGUCCCACACCAGCUCACAAACUUUCAGCUGAUGUUUGAAGCGGUUCGCUCCGGCUUUGACGGACAGGUGGCCAUUGAUGAUGUGGCGUUUGUGGCCAGUCCGUGCUCCAUGCCAAGGAUGUGUUCCUUUGAAGGCCAUCGGUGCGGGUACAGCAGCUCUGGCACAGUUCACUGGCUCCACCGCAGCGGAUACACUGCCACGAUGACUGGACCCAAAACUGACCACACUCUGGAGACCGAACUGGGUUUCUACAUGAUGGCUAACACCGGAGCCAGCAUUCUGCCCUCUGGAAACCGCGCAGUACUCACCUCCCCUGUUCGUCAAGGAACCGCCAAGACUGAGUGUGUGCAUUUCUGGUACCACAUGGGAGGAGAGAAACCUGGUUCUCUGACAGUGUAUAUGAAGCCAGUGAAGGGAGAGAGGGUGAAGGUCUUCUCUGACAGUCUGAAUCAAGGAGAUGUCUGGCGCCAUGGCAACAGCAACAUCUCGAGUGCCCUUGUGGACUGGCAGUUGGAGUUUGAGGUGGUCGGAGCUGGAGGAAAAGACACUCACAUUGCAAUCGAUGACAUCUUCCUUUCAGCUCACCCAUGUGGAGAGAAAGGUUCUAGCUGCAGUCUGGAGAGAGGGAUGUGCAGCUGGAGCAACACUCAAAACAUUAAAGUGGACAAACUGGACUGGGAGCUGACGAGUCAGGAGGCGGAGAAGCACUUCUCCACCCCACCUGAGGACCACACUCUGGGCACAGAGAAAGGUCACUUCCUGUUCUUUCCAAGCAGCAAUCGGACGGCAGCCAAUCAAAACGCUCAGCUUCUGAGCCCUCACCUGCCCCCAACCAAGGGCACCUGCCUGAAAUUCUGGGCCUACAAACCCUACUCAUCGGACAGCCAGCUGAGGGUGUGGAGGCUGUCUGAAGGUCGUCUCCAUCAGCUGGUGGUGGUGAGUGAACUGGGAGGACCAUGGAAACGCUUUGACGUCAACAUCACGUCCACUGAGGAAUACCAGAUUGUGUUUGAAGGAAUCAAAGGCACGUCAGGUGUUGUGGCUCUGGAUGACAUUGAGUACACCAUUGGAGUCAACUGUGCAAAGAAAGUGACAGAUUCAAUGACAACUUCACCAAAACCAGACAACGCAGGAGGGAUCGCAGCGUCCGUCAUCGUGGUUCUGCUGCUGAUCGGCACUUUGGCGGCCCUGCUGUUUUACUACCUGCGAACCCGCCAGAGUGCCAGAGCUACAUCCGGUCCAUCGUCAUCAUCUUCCUCAACUGGUGCUGGUUUCAGUAAUGAAACAUAUGAGCCAGACCUCACACAGGACCACGUGAGGAUUCCACCAGCACAAAACCAUCCAAUGGCAGCUGGGUUCAAUAAUGUCUCUAUCUCUGGUGAUUUCAGAGAGAGGGAGGUGGCAUAAGGAAGGGGGAGUGGUGGUCCUGCCACCUAAAGGUGGCUUUGUGAAAUUAAGGCGAUAUCACAGCAGAAGAACUGCUUGUGUCGCCCUUACAUGACACACACACACACUCACACACACUCACUCACACACACAAAGCACAGCCCACAUAUUGAAACACUGAUGAAGGCGUAAUCAGUGCAGCUGCCUCAGAUCCGACGGAGCCCUCAGGGGUCGCAGCUCUCUGCCUGUGGACGGACAGAUGGAAGUCAGAGGGAGACUGUCAAACGUGUCAUGGAUGGAAAUUAGUUCAACUUCCUUUAAAAUCGAGACUGGGCAUAACUCAUAAUUGGCUGUAUGCAGAUUUAGGAUCUAUUUUGGAAAUGCAAGGAGGUUCUCAGAGUGUCAUGUCAAGCGCAACAUGACUGAAUCAUGUUUGUCUGGUUUAAGAAGAACUCAGCAGGUCGGGCAGUUUACUGAUUAUGGGAAGUAGGAUACUGCUCAGCCUGUGAAACCAGUUCAAUAAUGUUUUCUCUUUUUCUAAUUUGAGAAAAUGACUCAUGCAGUCACGUAUCUCAUCAACCAGGUCUGUCAGCUUGACAGCAUAAAGCCUGAACUGGGGACACAGAGUGUCACAAAGAUAUGUGAGUUUACCAGGCAGAGAGCAUCUAAGGAAAGAUACUAUUGUGUUGCAUUAUGGGAGUAGACCUUGUCCCGUAACUUUAUGGAAGGGGGAAAACUAAGCCACUGGUGUGUUCCUUUAAAGAGAAAGGAGAAAGAAAGGGAUAGCAAUAAACAGACAGGUUAAAGUUUGGGGAAAGUAUGAAAAAGAUCACAGAGGAAGGUGACUGGAUGUAAUGCUGCUGUCUGGAAAAAGACUGUAGGAUGGAUUUAUACUUUUGGAUGUGUUAGAGGGUCAACCCUGCUUUAAAACAAGACAUAAUUGAGUGCUAAUGAUAAACGAAUUAAAG